CCUGAAGACGGGCGGGUGGAUGAUGGAGGACGAGGCUCUGUCUCACCCUUGUGGAGCUUCCUCCGUUCUGACCCCUUCCGGUGAAGGGCGGCUCCGAGCAGAGACAACAGACAGAACCCAGAAACCACGACGCUCCCAGGGCACCCUCCUGCCAGGACGUGAACCUGAUGCAGAAACGCGGUUCACUCCCUCGGGACGCAGAGGCCAACCUCAGCCGGGCGCAGCAGCACAGACUCCACCGUCCUGGGGAAGGAGCCGGAGCCCUGUGUGGCAGUGUGGUGGCAGCAUGGAGGUGCUGCCCUGCUCCCGCGUGGCCCACAUCGAGCGCACCAGGAAGCCCUACAACAACGACAUCGACUACUAUGCCAAGCGCAAUGCCCUGCGCGCCGCCGAGGUGUGGAUGGACGACUUCAAGUCCCACGUGUACAUGGCCUGGAACAUCCCCAUGACGAACCCAGGGGUGGACUUCGGGGACGUGUCUGAGAGGCUGGCCCUGCGCCAGAGGCUGAAGUGCCGCAGCUUCAAGUGGUACCUGGAGAACGUGUACCCGGAGAUGAGGAUCUACAACAACACCCUCACGUACGGAGAGGUGAGAAACAGCAAAGCCAGCGGCUACUGCCUGGACCAGGGAGCGGAGGACGGCGACCGGGCGAUCCUCUACCCUUGCCACGGGAUGUCCUCCCAGCUGGUGCGGUACAGCGCUGACGGCCUGCUGCAGCUGGGGCCUCUGGGCUCCACAGCCUUCUUGCCCGACUCCAAGUGUCUGGUGGAUGACGGCAGGGGCCGCACGCCCACCCUGAGGAAGUGUGAGGAUGUGGCAAGGCCCACACAGCGGCUGUGGGACUUCACCCAGAGUGGCCCCAUUGUGAGCCGGGCCACGGGCCGCUGCCUGGAGGUGGAGAUGUCCAAAGACGCCAACUUCGGGCUCCGGCUGGUGGUGCAGAGGUGCUCGGGGCAGAAGUGGAUGAUCAGAAACUGGAUCAAACACGCACGGCACUGACCCCGCCUCUGCCUAGACCCCCACGGACCUCGGGAAGGCGCUGGGCCAAGCCAGUGUCGCUGAGUGGCCGGGGUAUGCCCAGCAGACACAGCAGGGCAGGGCUCUAUGUGCGGCCAGGACAGCAGAGGCCAAGGGGCUGGGGUGUGGCUGAGUGACCAGGGUGUCAGCCACUGCAGCUGGAGUACAGCUCCUCCUAGGACAGGCGGCUCUACCCAAGGGAGGGUGUCUGGGGACAGUGACGCCGACUCAAACACGUGCCUUCUCCACGGUAUCUCCUGGCCAGGCUGCCGGGACGGCCGCCGCCUCUGCAUGUACCACAGCCCCCUACGCCCCACAGGGUGGCCAAGCCCCAGACCACACGCCAGGCGGCGCCCCGGCGUCCUCCACCCGUGGCCUCCCAUGCUCCAAGCAGCCUCCCCCAGCCCUUGCAACCGCUCAGCCCUCCAACCGAGACCUAAGUUCACACCUCACAACGCAGCUCCUCAUGGUCUGGUAAGAGGGGUGCUGGGGGACACGGACGGCGACAAACCUGCAGCUGUGUCUAGGAGGCUGGUGCGACUGCCUCAGCAGAGACCAAAUAAAGAGGAUUAGGCAGCAGCGCUGUGUGUGUCUUCCUUGGAGCUGAGCUGGGGGGUGGGGCCUGGGCCCUGCCACAGCCCAGCCCCUCGCCUGUUUUAAUACAGUUUUAUUGGCGCCCAGCCA